AUGGAGGCGAAGUGUGCUGGAUGGUCUGGCCGAUACCGGGCAAUGCGUGACCCCGUCCUAGCGGCUGCUGCUGGUGCGGACCAUAGCGAGAAGCCUGCUGUUGCUGUUGCUGUUGCUGCUGCUGCUGCUGCUGCUGCUGCUGAUGUGACUGGGGCGCUGGAGGAGGAACAGAGGCGCCUUGCAGUGGAAAGCAAACAGCAGUCGUACCUUGCGGCGGAGGGAGGCAAGGCCAACAGCAACGAUCAACCAAGGAAAAAGCGAGAGACAGAGAGAGAGAGAGGAUAUACCCAAAAGCACCGACUGGGCGCGCGGACUGCUGGCCCAUCUGGUCUACAUGGUGAGGCUGCGGGCCAGCACCCGGAUGCCACCCAUCUUUACCCGACGGAUUCAUACGGUGCAACACGCCGAGCAGCCGGACCUCAGCCAACAACGAGUGUCAACGAGACGGGGCAGAGGGCACAACGGGAGCAGGAUAGCAGUUAUCGUCCUGGUACGCCGUCGACUGGAAACGCAGCUCGACCAGCAACGGGCCGGAAGAGUUUGAACUGGGCCAGCUCAAAACGAGUGGAGGGAGGGUCGCUUUCAGGGGCGAGCUGCGGCGCUGGACAUGGGACAAGGCCGCCAGAGUCGAGCGCCGGCAAGGCAGCAGGCUGGUCAGGCAAUCGGCGGGCUAUCGAUCUCUGCGACUGCGAGCUUUGGGGGGCGGCAGGGCGACGGCGGUUUGCUGCUGGCUGUUGUUUUUCGGUGAGGCUUGGAGGAAAAAGCUGGAGUAAGCGUAAAAUGGUGUUUGCUUCUCGCUGGAUCUUUCUUUUGCAACGGAAAAACUCCAAAAAAAAAAAAAAAAGAAAAAAGACCCUAAGCUGGACGAGAAGGGAAAGGCGGUGA